AAGCAAACACGGUGUGCCUUUCUCCCUUCCCCAACAUCAUCAAUAUUGCGGGUUCAGCCUCGUUGUUCAGUCUAGUGUCUCAGUGAACCUUAAAAACGAAAAUUAUAUUACUAUAAAACAAGGAUUUAUUUUUGCUAGCACAGUCUCUUGGAGGAGCGGUUAAAGCCAAUACUGAUUUCAUUACAGGCAUUUUAUCAUCAGCUUUAACCACUAAACUGUUAACCCUGUUCAUAACGCAGCUUUUUUUUGGAAAGUUAUUCUGCGAUUUUCAUUAUUUUUUUGGUUAAUUCAAACAAGUACAGUCGUCCGUUGUUUACAUUGAUAAAUUUUGGACAGUUUCGACCAUAACAGCUUCACCUGUCAAACUUGUAAACUCAAAAGGAAGCAAAACACACUGUGACAGGAUUUUGUCGAAAACAUCUAAAAGAGAAGAUAACUCGCUCAUUAAUAAUAGCUCUCAAUUCCUCUUGCCAUGUCGAAUUCCAAUGCUUCACUGCAAGCGGCUGCCAUACCGAGUAUGGAGGCGUUAAGAACGCUAUGGCGUAACAUAGCUCCUUCCACUUCCGGCGAUUCACAAGAGGCCCGGAGUGUUUGGGCUAAGCAUCCAAAUGAUCCUACGGUUCCUGCUGCUGCUCCAGCUGCCGCAGGUCUUUUUUCCUCUCCAUUGAAACGCGGUGCUCCUGAUUCAAAAGAGUAUAUGGAUCGUCAUGUGCUUUCAGAGCCUGUUUCUGUGAGCAGUGCUACUGUGUAUGACUUCUACCGUCACUGCACUGAUUACGGCCAUUCUUAUGAUUGGCCCUACUUCCGUUCAUUGCGUCGCGAGUUGGCAUACCGCAAUUCUGUCGACGCUGCUCCUUAUCCUCCGUAUCGCCCAGAACCCAGUCCCCGCUACGCAGUACCUCCGUAUGGUCAACGUUCUCCGACAAAUUAUCCCAUGCGUUAUGAAGAGUCUUUGCAGUCUGCAGGACAGCCCCCGCUAAAACGUCGUACUUUAUUAAGUCCACAUUUAAGUGGCAUGAACUCUCGGUUAAUGAUGCCUUCACGGUAUGAAGAUGAGUAUUACACGAGACCUUAUAAUUAUGGUAAGGCUCCUGCCCAAGCGUCCUCUUUUCAAAGUACCAUGCAUUCCAAUGGCUACACUCCUGCACGACCAGAAAGUGUCCCGGAAUCAGCUGGAAUACAUGGAUACCACCCUAUGCGGCAGGAUGCUGGCGAUUCACCAUUGUUUUCGGAACCAACUGCUCAUACUGAAGGGUAUCGCGAUUUCGAUCCUUUACACGGAAAGUUUGCUCCCCCGUCCUCUCAUUCGUAUGGCAUCGAGCCUUAUGACCAUAAAGCCGAACCUCGUCGUGAAAAACCCAAAACACGAGCACCUACACCCCCUCCGUUGGAUUUUGAGCAUGCUCACGAAUAUCGCAAUGAAAAGGGUGAACGUGUCUCCAUGAUCAAUCCACGUGUUAUCCUUGAUGAAAAUGGAAUCUCACAUAGGUCGCGGUACUUCAUCAUGCUGGUGGAUAAUGAAACAGCAAUUAGUCAUGCCAAACGAAGUUCUGUUUGGAGUCUUAAACAAAAUUAUGCGAACGCUAUCAGCGAAGCUUACAAGCAAGAAGCAAAUGUCUAUUUUAUUUUCAUCAAUGCCAAGUCCUAUAAUGCACUGGGGUAUGCUCAGCUUACUUCUGAUGUCGGGACUGUUGCGAAACCGUUUUGGGCAGAUACCACAUACACUAAUGGUGUAAAUGUCAAGUGGAUUAAAACGUGUAACUUGUAUUCAAACGAAAUUUCAGAAAUUGUGAGCCGCAUGGAUCACGGUGCUCGGGCUAGAGAUGGUCAAGAAAUGAUGUACGACGAAGGAAGUCGUCUCUGUACCUUGAUCAAUUCGGCGAUUAUGAAACGUAUUGGUAGAGAUCGUUGAUGUCUUAAUUGUUUAAUCACUUUCUGUGCAACAGCCGGACUGUUACGGGAACCUCCUUUUUGAUGAUGUGAUGAAUUCAGCAUUCAACAAAAACUCAAGUCUAGUUUUGUUUAUGUGCUCAUCUAAAGAUGCCCUUUCUGUAAUGUUUUGGACCUCUUUAAGAGUCAAACAAAUCGAAAUUAAAAGAAAAAAGUAUUGUUUAAAUUUGAAUCUUAAUUUGGUUUAAGGGACUUGGACUCUACAGCUAAAUGGAGAGAUUAACAUUCGUAUACGGCAUUAUGUUCGUUUAAAUCAAUAAUACUGAAUUAUUUAAAGAUCACUAAAUCAAAAACAUGAAAUACACUG